AUAAUUUUGCGAUUAAAACGUAUUGUUGAUUAGUCGCGACCAAAACGUGCAAGAAUGAACAGUAUCAUUACAUUGUUUUUCUUGUACGUGAGUGCAGUGUCUGCUACAGAUGAUCCAAGUCAGAGAAUAGGAGGAGGGACGCUAGUUCCGAUUACAUCUUAUCCAUUUGCUACGGCUUUAUUGAACAAUCCCGGAAGCGGUGUGUUCACUCAUAGAUGCGGGGGCAGUAUUCUAACGAGAAAUGCAAUUUUGUCGGCAGCUUCUUGUUUUUAUACUGGAAACAAUGCCCACGAUGCGGUCUUGUGGCGGGCCAGAGUUGGCUCAGCCUACAGUAAUUCUGGAGGAACGAUGUACAUCAUAAGCCGCAUCACGCCCCACACUGGCUUCUCUCCCACGACCCGGGCCAACGACAUUGCCAUUCUCAGGACCAGAUUCAACAUUCAGUUCGAGGCUGGUCUCGUCGAAGCUGCAGGCCUUGUAGGCCGCACUUACACUUUCAGUAACGACCAAGCCGUUGAAGCGAUUGGAUGGGGAGCCGUAUCUUCAACAGAUCCAACGUCUUCGGUUCAGCUGAGGCGUACUGUUAUAUGGGUGGUGGACCAGCAAAUAUGUUCAAACAGGUACAGCGAACUAGGCUUCACGGUGGCUAGCGACAUGGUCUGUCUUGGGUGGCUAGAUGUCGGCGUCAGAGGACAAUGUCAGGGUGACAAUGGAAGCCCUAUUCUGGAUAACGGCGCAGUAGUGGGAGUGUUCUCUUGGGCCGAAGGUUGCGCACUGGGUCGGUACCCGGGUAUCAAUACCCGGCUCUCCCCGUACUUGCAAUGGGUUGUCUCUACAGCUACUGCCGCGUAA